AUGGCUUCCGUUCGAUCUUUGGGCGUAUUGGCCUUGGCCCUUGGUGCCACAGCUGUCCCAUAUAAUACCUUUGAUGGCCCUGGAUUCCCAGCUUGUCAAGAUGUUGCCGCAGUUCACGAUGCUUCAAGCGUCAAGGACAUUCAAAGCAUCGUCCAAAAUGCCGUCAAAGCAGGCCAGAGGGUUCGAGCUUCAGGAAAAGCCCACAUGUGGUAUGAUACGAUGUGCUCCGAUGAUCCCAAUACUGUCAUAGUUCGUACAGAGAAGGUUAACAACAUAUACGAUCUUGAUAUGGAGGCCGGAACCGUCAUGAUUGAAGCUGGUGUAACAUUCUUACAGUUGGCCGAAUACCUACACGACCGUGGGGCUUCUGCAGGAUACACGCUUGUCAACUGGAACAUCACUUUGGCUGGCUGUGUCGCCAUGGGUGCCCAUCGAUCAUCUAUCCGUGAGGAUUCCAUGGUCGCAGCCGGCGUUUUGUCAAUGGAUAUCAUUGACGGCACUGGUAAGCUUCGACACUUGGAGCGUGACGACAGCGACGAGUGGCUCGCUGCUUCGACUUCUUUGGGCCUUUUGGGUGUCAUCGUCAGAAUGAAAAUUAAGAUCUAUCCCGACUUCAAAGUCUACGCCGACCAGAAAACGCAAGGUGAUGUGCUAAACGGCGACGUCUAUGGUAUGAUAGCCCCGUAUGCUACGGCAAAUCUUUGGUGGUGGCCUCACAAGAAGAAAUUCCACUGGCGAUACUACGACGUCAUUCCAGCCAACCAAAGCGACCAAGAGGGCUUCCAAAACACAUUCUCGAUUACCAAAAUUGAAGCCGAUGCUAUAUCAGCUCUGUGGAACACCGGGAAAGGAGUUUCGCUGUCAAAUCUUCUUGCUGAAGAGAUUCUGUUUGGACAGUGGGAGAAUCCUAACUUUAGAGAAAAGACAACCAACGAGCCCAUCAAGAAAUGGCCUGUUUAUGGAUGGAACUAUGAUGUGCUCAUAGGUGGUCUGUAUCCCGAUCAGCGACCGGUAUGGGAAUAUGGCAUUCACGGCUACACCUUGGAACUCGCAUUUCCUGUUACCCAAGCCAAUGCAAUGCUUAAGAGGGUGCGCCAGCUCUUCGACAAUGAGGCCAAGAAACUCAAGUUUAUGGCGUCUACGUAUAGGAGUGGAAUCAACAUCAAGUUUGGAAGGCCGUAUUUUGACCUGCUUGGCCAGGUGACCUACGGCACAUCUGAUGGUGCCGACUGGGAAAAGGGUGUUAUCAUGUUGGACUUCCCAUCUUACAAACCGAGUAUUGGUGAUGGGCUCCGAUACAAUGAACCAUUUUAUCACAAACUCGCAGAAACGUUGAUUGACGAAUUUCCCUGUCGCCCCCACUGGACCAAGAAUACACGAGAGGUAUUCGAACGUUCCGCCAAGAAUUUGGACCCUGAUCAUAUCUCUCGAUUCAAAGCAGUCAGGGAAAAGUUUGACCCGGAAGGUAUCUUCCGCAGUGUCGUGGGCGAAGCCAUUGGUGUAUACUGA